GACGAAUCGAUCCUCCCCCGACGUGUUCUUCUUCCGUUUCUUCUGCUAAUUGCGCAGGAGAUUUUGCAAAGUGACAAGGAGAAAGCUCCAGUACAGUCUGGGAGAUAGUCAACCACCUGAUACUCAACUCUCAUCAAGCCCCUGUUCUCGCCGAGUCCCGACGUGACGACGUCCGAUAACCCGACAAACCCCCGCGCCGUUUUGCGAAUCGCAUUCCGUCUCCCACCAUGGCCGCCGAACCCGAAGCGCCUACACAGACGAUCCUCCCUCAGGCUGUGGGAGAAGACCAACAUGCCGCCUCGAAGCAGACUGUCGAUCCUUGGAACGUCGCUGGCGCGGUCGACGAACAUGGCAAAGUCCAAGCCAUUGACUACAACAAACUCAUCGAGGAGUUCGGUACCAAACCCAUUGACGAUGCGCUGCUGGAGCGUUUCGAGAAGGUCGUAGGGGUGAAGCCACACCACCUUCUGCGCCGGGGUGUGUUCUUCUCGCACCGGGACUUCGAAGCGAUUCUCGACAGGUACGAGCGCAAGGAACCUUUCUACCUCUACACAGGUCGCGGCCCUAGCAGUGACAGCAUGCACAUUGGCCACGUUAUUCCCUUUACAUUUACCAAGUGGCUCUCGGAUGUGUUCGAUGCUCCCCUGGUGAUCAUGCUCACAGAUGAUGAGAAGUUCCUGUUCUCGGAAAAGCGAACUGUCGAGGAGGUCAAGGCCUAUGCGAGAUCUAAUGCUAAAGAUAUUCUGGCCAUUGGAUUUAAUCCUGAGAGGACCUUUAUGUUUUCCGACUAUGACUACAUCGGUGGAAGCAUUUACGCCAAUAUCACCAGAAUAGCCAAGCGUAUUACUGUCAACGCAGCCUCCGCUGUGUUCGGAUUCGACGGUUCCACAAACAUUGGCAAGAUGGGAUUCGCCGCCAUUCAGGCCGCCCCAUCCUUUGCCAACUCGUUCCCGCACAUCUUCGGCGACAAUGAUGCCGUCACCACGCAAAUCCCUUGUCUUAUCCCUUGCGCCAUUGACCAAGACCCGUACUUCCGGUUGACCCGAGAUGUGGCUCAGGGGCUUCAUUAUGCCAAGCCGUCUCUCAUCCAUGCCAGAUUCCUCGAUGCCCUCGGUGGCCCUGGUUCCAAGAUGUCGGCCUCGGUUGAAUCAUCUGCUAUUUUCAUGACUGAUACCCCCAAGAAGAUCGAGACGAAGAUGAAGAAGUAUGCCUUCAGCGGCGGCAGGGAGACUGCUGAGGAACAAAGAGCCCUAGGAGGCAACCCAGAUGUUGAUGUCAGCUAUCAAUACUUGCGCUUUUUCCUGGAGGACGAUGAGGAGCUUGCGCAAAUUGAACAAGACUACCGCUCUGGCAAGAUGUUGACUGGCGAGAUCAAGAUGAGGUGCGCAAAGGAACUGUCCAAGUUCUGUACCGAUUUCCAGGAGAGGCGAGCCCAGAUCACGGAGGAAACGGUUGAUUUGUUCAUGUCACGUCGGCCUCUGGUUUGGAGGGGAUCGGAAGCCGUGAAGACUCUGGCGGUUCGGCCGAAGACCGACGGGGACGAGAAGGGUGGAGGUGACGGAAAAUUGACCAAGAACCAGCUAAAGAAGCUGGAGAAGCUGCGACAGAUUGAGGCGAAAAAGGCAGCCAAGGCCAAAGAAAAGGAGGCGUCCAAGUCAGCGAGCACCGGUGCAGACGGAGUCGAAGAUGCAUCUUCGGCACCUGAUGGUCCAAAGACCGAGGAGGCACCGGCAGCGUCAUCGUAGAGAUUCUCUAAGGAAAAAAAUACGUUCAACAAACAAAUACGAGAGAAAUUCGUGGGAUUUUGUCGGAGCAAUUAUUGCCUCGAAACAUUGCGCAGUCCAGAGCACCAUCAUGUCAAUGAACGACUGCAAGCCUUCGGGAGGCGCUUAAUUACCCCACGGGAUCCAAACCUGCAGGACCACCCGGGGUAAUGCUGGCGGGGGAUGCUCUGCAUCCGUUCUCGGCCCGUGAGACGUGCCCUGGAUGGUAGUCCACCGCAGAUCUUUCUCCUGUAAGGACAGUUAUAGGAGAGGCUAGCGGGAUAUCUGACUACAAACUCAACACCAUCUUCACCUCUCAACGGGAGCAACCAGGUUCGUGCCGACCCAUCCAUCCAACUAGCCAUCAUCAGGGGGGGUGACCAAGUCCGACGUCUGGCGACUGCAGACGCAAACCUGGUUUCUCCUUAAUAUGUAUGCAACGCCAUCUAACCA